AUGUCGAGACAAUCGCGCGGUCCCCCGGCCAGUUCGGCCUCCGCAGCCCCCUCCAGCGGCCGCUCUAACGAGUACUUCGUUCCGAGAGACGGUAUCGACCGCGAGGUCAUCACCGCCGAUAUUUGUCGCUACCUCGGAAACGACGCUCUCGUACGCCCGGGCCACUACGAGAACCCCCAGACUGGUCAAGUAGUCCAGGGUUACUACAUCACCGCCUACCGGAACCUGACAACAGCCAUGAUCGACGACUUGAAGGCCGAUUCUGCGCGAUGGGAAGCAGAGAGGCGGCAGCAGGCCGCCCGGAACACUUCAGGAGGUACCUUAGUCUCGCGAGACGCGGCGGCUCCUUUGUCGAGACGAUCUAACUCCCCUACAGCAGGGUACCGCCAGUCGGAGACUCAUUCCGCACGCCAACACUAUGGCCCUACGGAUUCCACUGGCUACCCGGACGUAGGACGUGACUCCUAUGACAGCGCCCCCAGAUACCCAGGAUCCCAAGCCCCAGGAUACUCGGGGAACUCCACCCAGGGCUACUCUGGAUCUGCUGCGGGCUACGCCCAGCAACCUUCCUCAUUUCCUUCUUCAGGUGGUGGGUAUCCGUCGUAUUCCUCUGGAGGCUCGUACUCCCAACCGGACCCUAGAGACCCCAGAUACGCAGGACAGAUGCCCCAAGGAUAUGGAGAACCUCCCUACAUGGCUACCGCUGCGAACUUGGCUCGAAGCAGCUACCCCGCCGAUCCUUACGGCGCUGGACAGCCUUCUCGGACCCCCACCACUAUGGCCCCCCAGCAGGGACAAACUUACUCCUCCGGAUCACAGGUUCCGGCAGGCUACCCAUCCGGCUUCUACCCGCCCUCGACUUCGGCAGCCUACGGCUCCGCGCCGGUGGCCUCGGACCCGUUGUACGGACGCGGUGCGUAA